GGAUUCUCAAAGACCCGUUUUCUAACCGUUCAAGAUCCGUUUACCAAACUUCACUUUCUUCAGAAAACUCAAGCAGUUUGUUUGUUUCCCGAAACAGAGACCCAGAAACAUGGGAGGCGAUGGGAUCUUGGGAAUCAGAGACGACGCCGGCGCCGGCGCAGCAACCAAAUCAUCUGGUUCCACCGAAAGAAGAAGCAAGUGGUUGAAGAGGAGAGAGACAUGGCUUGUUGUUCUCGGCGUAGUACUCCACGCAGUGUACAUGCUCAGCAUUUUCGACAUCUACUUCAAGUCCCCGAUUGUCCACGGCAUGGAACCAGUUCCUCCUCGCUUCCAAGCCCCUGCUAAGCGCCUCGUCCUCCUCAUUUCUGAUGGUUUAAGAGCAGACAAGUUUUUUGAACCGGAUUCAGAAGGAAGUUACAGAGCACCAUUUCUGAGAAGUAUAAUCAAAGGACAAGGCCGAUGGGGAGUAUCCCAUGCUCGUCCUCCAACAGAAUCAAGGCCAGGACAUGUUUCCAUAAUUGCUGGUUUCUAUGAGGAUCCUAGUGCAGUUACAAAAGGGUGGAAGGCAAAUCCUGUGGAGUUUGAUUCAGUGUUCAACCGAAGCCGGCAUACAUUUGCUUUUGGUAGUCCGGAUAUAAUCCCCAUAUUCUGCAGUGCGUUGCCACAUAGCACAUGGAAUUCAUAUCCACAUGAGUUUGAGGAUUUUGCAACUGAUGCAUCUUUUCUGGAUGAGUGGUCAUUUGAUCAAUUUCAGAGCCUCUUGAAUAGGUCCAAUGAAGAUCCAAAACUGAAACAGCUACUUCUACAGGAUAAUCUUGUUAUAUUUCUACACCUACUUGGUUGUGAUUCAAAUGGUCAUGCGCAUCGGCCCUAUUCAUCUAUCUAUCUUAACAAUGUUAAGGUUGUUGACCGUAUUGCUGAGAGCGUUUAUGAUGUUCUUGAAAGUUAUUUCAAUGACAACCGGACAGCAUAUAUAUUUACAGCUGAUCAUGGGAUGAGCGACAAAGGAAGUCAUGGAGAUGGGCAUCAUUCAAACACUGAUACUCCCCUUGUUGCUUGGGGAGCAGGUGUUAGAAAUCCAAUGCCAAUGUCCAGCAACAAGCAUUCUGAUUUGGGUGAUCGCUUUAUUGACGAACAUGUGCAUGACAUGCCAACGCCUAUAGAAUGGGGCCUUGAUGGCAUAGAGAGGGUGGAUGUUAACCAAGCUGAUAUUGCACCACUAAUGUCAACUCUUCUUGGCCUUCCAUGUCCUGUCAACUCGGUUGGAAAUUUGCCCCUCAAUUAUGUUAAACUAAAUGAGGCAGAAGAAGUUGAAGCUGUAUUAGCUAAUACGAAGCAAAUCCUCAACCAGUAUCUUCGGAAGUCAUUAUUAAAGCAGUCAAGUUCAUUGCGUUUCAAGCCUUUCAAACCAUUGGCUAGUUAUUCUUUAGUUUUGGAUCAAAUUGAACAUCUGAUAUCGGUGAGAGACUAUGGAGCUGCAAUGAAGCUGUCACAAAGCCUCAGGAGCUUGGCACUGAAAGGACUAAAUUAUUUUCAAACUUAUGAUUGGUUGAUGCUGAUGACUGUGGUUACUCUCGGCUACACGGGUUGGAUGAUUUAUCUUAUUCUCCACGUGCUGCAAUCUUAUACUGCUUUUCCGGGAAAACUUCCUACAAAGGAGCAAACACUUCAGCUGAGAAACAAUAGUGGGAUGGUGCAUCUCUGUGGAUAUCUGCUCAUGGGAUGUACUUGUAUCCUGCUGCUUUUGGAGCACUCUCCUCUGCUUUAUCAUGCGUACGCUGCAAUGACAGGAUUUCUCUGGACCCGAAUAUUUAGUGAACUUCAGUUUCUAAAAGCAUUGUGGAGGGAUUUACUUGAGAGACAAUCUAUUUACAUCACUAAACUUGUAGCCACUUGUGCUGUAUCCUUAGUGAUUCUUGAAUUUUUGGUGCAUAGCUUCACUGAGAGGAAGCUCUAUACUUGGUGUUUCUUGAUUGUGGGCGUCUUCGCUGCAGUUCAUCUUUAUUAUUCAAUAUCAUGGAAAUCUGGGAUCCCAAUCUAUGUAUGGUUUUCAUGCUGGUUCUUGUCUACUUUUACUUUGUUGCCCGCAGAGAUUCCCGACAAUACUCUACUGGUGGUGGCAAGUGGAGCAAUUAUUAUCAUUAUAGGAGGAUUUGCAACCUAUGUGGACCUGCAUGCUGAAGCGAACAAGUAUUGGCAUGGUCUUCUUAAUCAUGAGGCAAAGAAACCCAGGUUUCCGAUGCUCUUCUACUUGCAGGCUCUUUUGGUUGGGUUAUCAUCAGUGAUGGUGCCCUUAUCAACAUCUCACCGAACGGAAAAGCAAGAACUUCUUGCAUUACACCAACUGAUAAACUGGUCCAUUGCUGGUUUCUCAAUGGUCCUCCCGUUGUUCUCAUCGACUGGCCUUUUGUCCCGGCUGACUUCAAUAUUUCUUGGUUUUGCACCCACUUUCCUACUUCUAUCAAUCGGAUAUGAAGCCGUUUUCUAUGCUGCACUUGGCCUUGUGCUUAUGGCAUGGAUACUAUAUGAAAACACACUUCUCUAUAUAAGUAAGAUGAAAAGGUCUUCAACUUUAAGCAAAGCUGGGGAAGAUAACAUCAUUCUGGAUAGUGGUGAUAGAUGCUUGCAGUUGUCAGACAUGAGAAUUCCUUUGACCUUUAUGGUCUUAUUUAAUGUUGCAUUUUUUGGAACCGGUAACUUUGCGAGUAUUGCAAGCUUCGAAAUUUCAUCUGUCUAUCGGUUCAUAACCAUCUUCAGUCCAUUUCUCAUGGCAGCUCUACUUAUAUUCAAAUUGUUUAUCCCGUUCAUGCUUGUCAUAUGUGCGUUUAGUGCUAUAACAAAGUUAAUUCGAGUGCCACGGUUGGGAUGCUAUUUCCUCGUUAUAUUGUGUUCAGACGUAAUGACGAUCCAUUUCUUCUUCCUGGUUAGAAAUACAGGAAGCUGGAUGGAAAUCGGAAACAGCAUCAGCCAUUUUGGAAUCAUGAGUGCCCAAGUUGUGUUCGUGCUAUUGCUUUUUGCCCUCACAAAUAUAUACACGAAAGAUAUCCAAACUAGAUCACCCGAGCAAUUUUCUCAGAAAUUGAUGUAACUCUAGUGGUGAGGGAUUUUUUUUUU